AUGUCAAACGUGAGCCUUGUGACGAUGUUCAUCCUCACGGGCCUUCCCCAUGCCCCAGCGCUGGACACUCCCCUCUUUGGAAUCUUCCUGGUGAUUUAUGUGCUCACUGUGCUGGGGAACCUCCUCAUCCUGCUGGUGAUCAGGCUGGAUUCUCACCUCCACACCCCCAUGUACUACUUCCUCACCAACCUGUCCUUCAUUGGCAUGUGGUUCUCCACUGUCACGGUGCCCAAAAUGCUCAUGGCCUUGUUGUCCCCGGGUGGCAAGGCUAUCUCCUUCUAUAGCUGCAUGGCCCAGCUCUAUUGCUUCCACUUCCUGGGAGGCAAAGAGUGCUUCCUCUACACGGUCAUGUCCUACGAUCGCUACCUGGCCAUCACUUACCCACUCAGGUAUGCCAGCAUGAUGAGUGGGAGAACCUGUGCCCUCCUGGCCACCAGCACUUGGCUCAGUGGCUCUCUGCACUCUGCUAAAAAUUAUGGGUGUACAGAUGUUUAG